AUGCGUAAUCUUUAGACAUAAUCGGCAAAGAUAACAAUUUCUGGAUAAAAUCUUAGUUAUUCUAACACUUUAUUUGUUACUACAAGUGGUUAACUUGGCGCAAAUGAAUUUAUGAUGACAAUUGACCCACCUACUUUCUAACCCUAUCUUUAAUUGGAAUUCACAAACUGUGUAUUCAACAUAGAUGGAAAUUUCUUAUUUCUAGACCAUAGCAUUAAAGUCACCUUUACUAGCUGCACAUUUAAUGUAGCUGCAACUAAUACAUUCUUAAAAGUUGAUUACUCAAGUAUCGCUGAUACUAGUUGCCAAACCUUAGAUGGUCAAGGAAACAUUUAAUUUAUAAACUCUGUCUUUUAAGAUGGAUCUACUGUGACUAAUGCUGCUAGCUUGACAAGAAACUUAUUAAAUAUCAAAUCUCAGUAUGAUAUUACUUUUAGCAAGGCUCAAUUCAAAAACAUGGUGCUUGGCCACAGAGUCAUCUUUGAAGACUACUAAUGCUCGAAUAGCUUAGAAAAGGCCUAAAAUUUGAUGUUUAGUGAAUGCAUAUUUAUGAAUACGAAUAUGAAAUGGAACUUCAACUAUAACAAUCUAAAGCCUGUUCAGAAUCAGCUUUUAUUCACUAUGCAACUUUCUAACUUUAAAAAUUUGAACUUGACUCAUGAUUUCAUGGCUUUAAGUAUCACUUCAGAGUCAGAAUAAAACAUUAAAAUUCUUGAUAAUGUUUUUGAGCAGCUUAACGUCACUUCAGUUAGCAAGAUUUUAGACUUCAAUCUAAUGAAGUCUCAUGUCCUUUUUAGUGGAAAUACCAUUCAGCACUCACUUAUGCAGCAAUUUAUGGCUAUUGAUGCAGCUUCAAAUGUAUGGUUUAACUCAUCAACUACUAUGACCAAUAUAACUAACAAUGGUCCGACUCUUUUAACUGCUGGACUUUUUAGUAUCACUAAUACAUUAGACAAGACAUAAUUUUACAAUUUAAAAGCAUCAAAUUCUGUUUUUAAUCACUCGCCAUUACUCUACGUUGUCUAUUCUAAUGAAGUCUAUCUAAAUGGAACUACUAUUUCAAAUAUCACUCUUUAAAACUCUGAUUUGAUCUCUGUAAAUUUACCAACAGUGCUUUACAUGAAUGGAACAAGUGUAGAUCAAUUAAAAACAGGUAUUACAGAUGGAAGCAGCUCCUAUCAGAUAUCAAAUAUUGUCUUUAAAAACUCACAGGCAAAACUAUUUGAGGUAGAUUCUUAUCAAUAGACAACACCUAGUUCUACUAAAUAUAAAUUUAAAGUCUAAAAUUGUGCAUUUACUAGCAAUACUUACGUCAAUUUUGCUCUCUACUCCUUCACAAAGGUUGAUACUACAGUCAUUGAUCUUGAAAAUACUAACUGUAUAUCGACUUCUGCUGUUACAACCUGUGCUUCUGCUUAGUAUUUUGAUACAAUAACCUAAACUUGCAAUUAAUGUCCUAAAGGCUGUGCUUCAUGUUCAGAUGAAGAUACUUGCACAAGUUGCCUAGCUAUCGAUAUGACAAUUAAAAGUGAUACUAAUAAAUGUGAAUGCCCAGCCCAACAAUACUAUUAUGAUAUCGAUACACCAAGAUGCAGAAGUUGCUUGAGUAAAUGUGCUACUUGCAACAAUGAGUAUAAGUGCUUGACCUAUGCAGCCUGUCAGAAUCCUUUCUAAACUUUAAAUACUGAUGGGACUUGUGAAUUCAAAUGUGCUAGUGGUUUAGCUGAAGAUAAGAACACCUGCUAAACUUGCUCAGAUUCUAAUUGUCAAAUUUGCACAAAGAAUGGCACUACAAAUUAGCAUUGUGGACUAUGCAAAGAGGGCUAUUUCCUAGAUUUAUUGACAUACCAAUGUGUAGAAUCAUGCCCAGCUAUGUCAAAAUCUAUUGCAUCUACAAAAGUAUAAGGAAGAACUGAAACUGUCAGAUAUUGCAGGCCAUUCACUCAAAAUACCUUGGAUAAGUAUGAGUACUUCAUAGAUCCUAAUUCCACUCUGAUCUUUGAAUUCGGUACUUACGAUUACCCCUUCAAAAAUAUGGAUUCUCCAGCUAAAGAAAUCUUCAAUUUCAUGUAUGAAAGGGAUACUGAUUUUACGGUAUUCCACAAAAGAGGAACAUCAAUGAAGCACUACUAUGGUAUCAUGCCCAUAAUUAUAGUCAACAUAAAAAUGUAUAACUUAACUACAUAUGGAGACCCCGAACUAGCAAAACCUUAUGUCUAUAUCACUGAUCAUGAAUACUUAUGGCCAGAUUCUACAAUGGUAUCUCUGGCUGAGAGCACUUAUGAUUUCAAUACCAGAGUUAAUAGAGGAGAUAUGGACAUAUCUGAGGCAACUAAGUUCUUCCUUAAGUUUAAUGUUUUUAGAGGAAGCAUGUACAUUAAGGACAUUGACUUUUAGUCAAUAAUGUUUGGUGAUGCCUGGUCUAAUCCACUAGUUUUUACUUUUGAUGCUGUCAAUCAGACCGUCACAUUUGAUAAUACUUAUCUCGACAUAGAUGGUUCUGUAUUUGAGUGCUACUUCCCCAUGUCCUUGAUGGUAAAGAAUGCAGUAUUCAAUGUUACAAAUUAUGAAUAUGGAAUUUGGAAUGACUUUAGAUGGGAUUGUUAUGCGAAUAAUGCCGAAUAUGCCAGAGCUUUUCUUAUAAUUUAAGAUUCAUUGUUUAUUGAAAAGCAUUAGCAAGCUUUGUACAACUUUAUAUUCUUUGCUUCAAUGGAUGAUAUGAUUUUGAGAAAUAAUACAUUCGACGGGAUAACUUAUCUUGAUAUGGAAACUAGACCUUUUCUGGAUGUUCAUCCCUAGUCUUUAUGUGACCCUUAGCAUAGAACUUAAAAUAUUUUUAUGGAUGGAAACACUUUUAUUAAUCUUUAUCAGAGUAACAUUAUUUUUGCAGUCAACUACAUGAAUGCCUUUAAUGGCACCAAGAUCUUUUCUAUGUAGAAUAAUAGAUAUAUAAACAGUCAAAUAAAUACCGAAUUUAUAUCGAUGCAAAUCCUGAAUCCCAGUCAGGUGACAGUGGCAAAUAAUUACUACUAGAAUGUAACAGUAGUGAAGGAUCAGAAGGUCUUCUUUUUCUUCUCCUCGGCUUCUAAUAUUGAUAUCUAUAAUGAAACUCUAGAAGGCAAUACUCUAGACGACCUCUACACUAUAGGAGCAGCAAAUAGCAUUAAUGUUAGAGAUUUCAAGGUUAAUAACAAUUCAAAUACUGGCUCAAUCACAGAAACCUCAGCCAUACUGAGAAUUUCUACUGCUAAUAACCUGGCUAAGAUUGAAAAUUUCAGAGUGACCAACUCUACUUUUAUGUAUGGCAAGGCUAUUGAGAUAGAAUAUGCAGCUAGUCUUGAGUUCAGGAAUGCUGCUCAAACCAAUAACAAGCUUUUCAAUUAAGACUUCCUAGUCUUCAACUAAAUUAACAAAGCUCUAAUUGAGAAUCUAAGUUUCACCUUGUUCUAAAAAUCUUCAGAUAAAUCAAGAUUCGCUAUUUCUUUACCCACUCUUACAUUAUCAAGUUUAGCUGGAAGUAUGCAUGAACUAAGAAAUAUUACCUUUUCAUAGUCAUAAAGCUCAUUCCUAUCAGUAUCAUAGGUAUCAGUUUCAUAGUAAAAUAAUGCUACCUUUAAUUUCAAGAUUUCUAACUGCACCCUUGAUAGUAAUACGCUCUCAAGUAAAGAUUCUUUAAUCGAAUAUGGCGAGAUUAACUACAAGUACUUCAAUGUGACUCUUGAUUAAGUUAACAUUAUAAACAACUAAUUGGAAUUGGGAACUAUCUAUUCAUUAAAGAUGAACUGUUAGUAAAUGCUUAUCAAGAACUCCUAAAUGUUGAAUAACUCUGGUCAAUUUGCCUCACUUGAGCCAGCUAGCUCAGAUGGAGAGAAUCCAUUGAUGUUUUACUUGGAUAUGACAACUUUCAGGAACAACUAUGGUAAAGCUGAUGCUCUUAUACAACUUACGACUAAUUCUAAGUUAUUUACUACUAAUUCUGAGUUUGUAGAGAACUAUUCUAUAGGUAGAGGCUCUAUUGUCUUUGCAGAUUACCAAAAUGUCUAUGCUCUUUUCAGAAACUGUUCAAUUCAGAGAAAUUACGCAUAUUAAGGAGGAGUAUUUUAUAUUCAAUAUUCAUCAGAGGUUGAGGUAUCAAAUUGUACCUUAAUCAGAAACUUUGCAGUGACGGGUGGAGUAGCUUAUGUAAACAACGAUGGAAAGAUUAAUCUAAACAACAAGACUAAGGUGUAUAACAACUCUGCUUUGAACACCUGCUUCCUCUUUUUAAUCAAUACACAAUUUGAAAGCAAAGUUGACAAUGUAGAAGUCACUUAAAACGAUCAAGUUAAUUCAAUCAUUCCAAAGAGAGAUUUCUUGAGCCAAAAAACUAAGUAUCAGCAUCUAGAAGAAAAUUUCUUCACAGCAAUGUAAGCUAUAAGUGACAAAGUACAAAGAACUGUGGAUGAGAAGGCAGAUUCAGCUGUGUAUGCUAUCAAAGCCAAGAUCAACUUCACUAAUACUAAUAUCUAUAAUAAUGAUCUAUUCCUUUCAGCAUCAACUGAGUCCACUGUCGGUAUAGUAAAUUCAGAAAUAGGCAAUAUCAAAACAUUUGAUAAGAUGAUGCAGGCAGUCUCAUCAUCAAUUGAGCUCACUAAUGUCAAGAUAGAUAAUAUCUCAAUUAACGAUAAGAUAGAUAGCUAUGACUUCUCAUCUCAUAGAAUAUCCAUAGUCAACAAGUCUUUCCUAAGAAUAUCAGGAUGUACCAUGUCAAACAUCAAUACCAACCUGCUAUAUGUGUCUGGAUCAACUUUAAUUAUUGAAAAAGGCUCUUUAUUCAAGAACAUAAUGUACAACGUCCAGAAUGUGCAAUCCAUAUUUGCCAUUGACACCACAGACAUUCAGCUUUAUGACACUCAAUUUGAGUAGUUGAGUUCCAAGUACAUAUCUCCAAUUAUCAAUCUUCAAGAGAACACUUUAAUUUCAAACAAUACCUCAUUCAAUGACUUCGAUAAAACUCUUUUCUAAAUGGAUACAGGUAAAUCAUACACUUUCCAGAACAUCAAUGUAACCAAAGGAAGAAUGGAAUACAUGGAAGGUGAGAGAGAAUUUAUGGUUAACUCUAUUGUGUUUGAUGGGAAUGCAGUCAACCUAACUCUUUAAAAUGCAAAUAUCUCCGGAAUCUAUACAUAGUUCUCAUCGCCUGUUGUAUAUAUUGAAAACGAUGCUACCUCUACUUCUAAGACUCUGCUUAAUAUUACAGACAGUUACUUUAAAAACAAUACAGCCACAUCCUCAGCAGGAGUAAUUUACUCUCUAAACGUGGAUAUUAAUGUUAACAAUACUAUUUUUGACAACAAUACUGCUCUAGAGUAGGACGCAGGAGCUCUUUACUUGGAAUGCGAGGAUGCAAUCUAUGACUUAUGCACUUAUAGUAUCUAGAACUCAGUCUUUUAGAAAAAUACAGCUUCAGUCAAUGGAGGUGCAAUGAAAUUCACCUAUUUCAAGCCAAAUAUUACUAAUAACAAUACUUUUACUGAUAACAAAGCCUAAUAUGGAAAUGACUUGGCUUCUUAUCCAGUAUAGAUGCUUAUCACAUAAAACAACGCUGUGGUUUAGAGAAGACUGGACAUGCUCUCCACUGAAGAAACUUAAGCUAUGAAUAUAACAGAUGGAGUAGUAUUCAAAAUAGAUAUCCCAUUAGUGAGUGGAAGUUUGAUGUCUUAAAACAUAUCCCUUAUUAUGCUAGACGAGAUGGGUAGGAGCAUGAACACUGAUAAUAACAGUGUAGCUGUGAUGAGCUCCAUUUCCUCUGAUGUACAAGUAAUGAAAUCUAAGUCUGUGAAGGCAGUUAACGGCACUUUUACUUUUGAUGAUGUGAUUAUAAUUGGUCCACCUGGCUAGGACAUCAUCCUCAAGAUUACCUCAGACUCUAUAGUAUCUAAUAAAAUUACUAAAGCAUUCCCCACUAUGGUGCAAAAGAAAGUAUACAUCAAAGCAUUCCUGCGUCUGUGCACAAGAGGAGAAUACUAGUCAUCUGAUAAUAAAUGCAUUAUCUGCUCUGACGGGUUCUAUACUCUACUGUCAAACCAAACAUAAUGCCAGGAGUGCCCUGAAAAUGCUGUGUGCUAAGAAGGAUUCAAGAUCAUAACAGAUGCAGGAUUCUGGAGGUAAAAUGUCAAUACUACUGAUAUUUAUGCUUGCUACAACCCAGAAUCAUGCCUAAGUGGAUAUGAGGUGUAAUGUGCGGCAGGCUACGGUGGCAAUCUUUGCCAAUCCUGCGUCAAAGUGCAAGAUGACUGGUACUCUAGAGAGUCAGCAAACGAUUGCUCAAAAUGUAUCUCUCACACAGCAAAUGCUUGGAGACUUGUAGGAGUGGCAGUCCUAGUUGUUGUUUACUUUAUCAUUCUGAUCUUCAUCAACAUUAGAACAGCUGGCAGACAAAAGAUGACUACAGUGUACAUGCGUAUCUUAACUAACUACUUCUAGAUCCUCACUCUGGCUCAGUCAUAUGAUCUCUCUUGGGAUGACAACUUGAAGAAAUUCCUAGAAGCCAUCUCCUUCAUCGCUAAGAGUAGUGAAAUUAUUCUUAGUAUUGAUUGCUUUGUAAGAGAUUCAGGAGUUGAAACACAUCCUAUAUUUGUUAAGAUGGUUAUUGCUUGCAUGUUCCCACUAAUUGCCAUUAGUCUAACAUUCAUAUUUUGGAGUAUAAUCAAGCUAAUAAGAAGAAAUAUUUAGGCUUUCACUCACUUGAUUACUUCAGUGAUUAUAGUAAUCUUCAUCUCAUUGCCCCCAGUUACUUCCAUUACUUUCUCCAUCUUCAACUGCAUUGAGAUAUUUAAUGAUGGAGAUACCUAUCUUGCUCUCGACAUGUCAAUUCAAUGCUGGUAAGAUCAGCACUCUCAUUAUGCCAAUUCCUUCGGUAUCCCCAUCAUAGUCAUCUGGGUUAUUGGAUUGCCCUUAGUUGCUUUGAUUAUACUUUUCACUAGAAGGCAUUAACUAACCGAACAAUAAAAUCUACAAAGAUAUGGAUUCCUAUAUGUUGGACUAAAUCAGAGUGCCUUCUAUUGGGAGAUUCUACUUCAUUUCAGAAAAGUCUUGCUGAUUAGUAUUAAUGUGUUCUUUACUACUUUCAAGCCCCUAUAUAGAGCUCUUAUUGGUUUUAUGCUAAUGAUUAUCUACAUUGAAUUCUUAUAGAAAGUCUAGCCAUAUGCCACUCCUGAAAUCAAUGAUCUUGAAUUCAAGGCUAAUAUUGCAGCUUUUGCUACAUUUUAUGGAGGUCUGUUCUUUAUUAGUGAUGAACUACCAUUUGGAGUGUCAGUGCUCUUAUUCGUAUUGAUCCUAUUUAUAAACAUGAUAUUUUGGUACUCAUGGUUCAAGUUGACUCUUAAUAAUGUCCAUGGGAGAAUUAGCAAGUGGCUUUAGAAAUUCCUCUGCUUUAAGAAGGCCAAGCAAGGAGUUAAAGACGAUGCUGACUUCAGUGGUAUUGAGGCUUAGCCAGAUGCCCUACAUAUAGAAGAUGAAGAGGUUUAAGAUUCAAAGCAAAAGUCUGAUGCUAAGAAAGGUGACAAGAGGCCUAGAGGCACUAAAAAAAAUAAGACUGGUGACAAGAAUCUUGAUGAUUCUAGCAGAUAUGCACUUGCUAAUGAUGAUAGUUCUAGAAAUCUUGAAGAGUCAUAUAGGCAAGAUGCUUCUGCACUGUUUAUUACCACAAAUAUGAAGUCGAAGUCAAAGGUCAUUGACAAGAAGAAAAAGAAGAAGGAAGUUGACGAUGAGGAAAUGCACGUUGAUACAAGUGAGAUGAGUCUACACAAGAAUGAAGCGAAAAAAAGUGUGAAAUCUUCUAAAAUCAAAAAGAAGUCUUCAAAUGACACAGAUCAUAUCACUGAUUCUGAUAGCGGAACUGCAGGCAUACGAAAGAAGUCAACCAAGAAGAGCAAUGGCAAAAUCAUUAAGCAAUCUUCUAGUGAAUUAGAUAGUCACACAGGUACUAAGAGUAAUAAGACACCUUCUUCUUAGGAUAAUAAAGCCGACAACAAAAAUGCUGGGGAUAUGAUAGACAAGGCUUCUUCUAAUAGCACUGAUGAGAAAAAGAAUCAUAAUCAAGCAGAUAAAUCCGAACACAAGUCACAUAAAGGUAGUUCAAAGAAGUCAAAGAAGACUAAGUUGGUAUAGAACGAGGAUUCUUAUAUAGGAGCAGGAGCUGAAAACUCAGGAUUAAAUGAGAUAUCAGUUAUCGAGAUGAAUGAGGAUACAUAUGUAGAUAAAAAGGCUUCUCCUAAGAUCAGUGAGUUGUAGAAAAAGCCUAAAAAGGCAGCAACAAAGAUUGAGGAAAUAGGCGAUGAUGCAGCUGUGAGAGCAUUCUAAAAGAAUGAUGUCGUGUUUAAAGAGGCUGAUGAGGAUAGUUCUGACUUUGGAAUAUUCUAGGCUAAGAUGCACAGCGUCAAGCAAAAGAUUAAUAACAAGAAAAUUUUAAAUUCAGAUGAUGAUGCAAUCUCUGCAUUUGAUGUAAAAAAUAAAAAGAAAAAUACUUCUCCUAAAAAGGAUGAGGACAAAAAGAAAAAAAUCAUGCAGAUGGGCAUUAUUAACAAUCCAAGGCCAAGAAGAAAGGAUCGAUCAGAAUCAGAAUCAGAUGAUGAUUCCGAUGAAAAAUCAAAGAGAAAGAAGCAGAAAUCUAAGUCCAGGGAUAGAAAAGCAGAUAGAGAUUACGAUAGAGAUAAGAAGGACUCAAGAUAAAAAUCUAGAAGCAAGAGCAAUAGAAGGGCUCAUGAUUUUGAUGAGGAUGAGGAGAGCGAUUCAGAUCGUCCUAGAAGCAAGCCUAGACAAAAGUCAAAACAGAGAAAAAGAUCAAAUAAGAGAUAAGAUGACGACUCCAGUAGUGAAGAGAAGGAAAAGAAAUCUAGAAAGAAGCAAAGUCAAAAAAGAGAGGAGAAAUCAAAAGACGAUAAGAAGUCUAAAAGCAAGAGAAAUGAUGAUGAUUUGGUUAAGCCUAUAAACAAACUAUCUAUUUCUGAUGACUCCUCUGAUAGUAGAACUCCUAAAACUAGCAAGGCCAGAAAGACAAAGAGCCGUGACAGAGAAGGAGAGAAUUCAAAGAACAGGAAGAAUGAUAAGCGAAACAAAGAUAGCGAUAAUUGA